AAUCACAGUGAACGCUUUGGGCGCAAUCGCUGGUCGCUCACACUUGUCACUGACUCGCCAGUCGCGUCAACAGACGUCACAGCUCUGUAGUCGCUUAGAUACAGUAGCUCUCUACUCGCGCCAGUGUGUAUUUUGCCGUGUUGUAGAGCGGAUGUCGGGUUAUCCAUAAAGUUCGCGUUCGCGUAUAUUUAAAACAAUUAAUACAAUAAUUAAAAUUGUCAUAAAAAUUCGUGUGCUAAAUUAACAUUAUUUAAAUUUUAGUUUAUCUAUAAUAAAUGUUAUGAUCAAAAUGAACUUUUAAAAAUUGUUUAUACCUAGACUUUAAAAAAAAAAGUCUUGAAUUUUAAGCUCGUCUUUCUGUAGCUUGUUUAGUUUUGUGUAAAUAAAAUGAUGAUGGCAAGUGCGAAAAUUUUACGGGACUGCAGUUCAGAGUUGAGUUCGGACGUGCGGUCCCUUUCUGUCGCCUCUUCGACAGAAGAGCAAGAUUCCACCACCACGGAAUCAGAGUACACCGAAGAAGAAAAAGAAUAUGAACUAGAAGACUUACAAAUAUUAAAAACAAUUGGUACGGGCACAUUCGGUCGUGUAUGCUUGUGUCGCGACAAAGCCGCUGACGAGUAUUUGGCGAUGAAAAUAUUGUCCAUGGCCGACGUUAUUCGUCUCAAGCAAGUCGACCACGUCAUGAACGAGAAGAAUAUACUGGCGGAAAUCAAUCAUCCUUUCAUAGUCAACUUGCGCUGGUGGACGCACGAUGACUCGUGCAUUUACAUGCUGUUUGACUACGUGUGUGGCGGUGAACUUUUCUCUUACCUGAGAAACGCGGGCAGAUUCAGCAACACUAUAGGAAAUUUUUACGCAGCGGAGAUUGUCUCGGCGCUAGAAUACUUACACGCGAGGAACAUAGUUUACCGGGAUCUAAAACCAGAGAAUUUACUGUUAGCCAAAGAGGGCCACCUGAAAAUCACAGAUUUCGGUUUCGCGAAGAAACUGACCGAUCGCACAUGGACUUUGUGUGGGACACCCGAAUAUCUGGCGCCGGAGAUCAUACAGAGCAAGGGACAUAACAAGGCCGUCGACUGGUGGGCUUUGGGUGUUCUUAUUUACGAGAUGUUGGUCGGGUACCCACCUUUCUACGACGAUAAUCCCUUCGGAAUAUAUGAGAAGAUUCUAAAUGGCCGCGUCGAAUGGCCUCGGCAUUUGGACCCUGUGGCCAAGGACAUCAUUAAGAAGCUCUUAGUACAAGACAGAACGAAAAGAUUGGGCAAUAUGAAGUGUGGCACGGAAGACGUGAAACGACACAGAUGGUUCAAGCAUUUGGACUGGGCCGAUGUCUACAUGAAGAAACUGCAGCCGCCAAUAAUACCUUCUGUGUCAUACGAAGGGGACACAUCCAACUUUGACGAGUACCCGGAAACAGAUUGGAAAUCGGUCCGAUCUCUCGACCCCGAAGAAUUGAAAUUAUUCGCCAACUUUUGAUCUUGGAGUUGGUGUAGCUUGUAGAAAUUGUAAUGAGUUAAUCCGGUGGACAUCAUGUCAUCGCUAACCACACUCGGUUGUACUCGCAGUGUUUGGUACGGUCAACGGUGUAGUUAAAUGUGUGCUCGCUAAUGUUUAAAUAGUGAUUCAUUAAAACGUCCAUUUUGUUAGUUUUCAGUGUUAAACUAGUCGCUUGCUCUACAACGUUUUUGUUCGAAAAUUCUGGUCGCGUUUUUUGAUUUGAACUCUAUCUCAUCUCAUUUAGUCGUUAACUGAGUCCAUAGACAUUGCAAUGUCAUUCUUUUAUAGACAGCCGCUAUAUAAUUCAGUCGAAACAUGGUCUCCAGGUGGUUGGCGUUAUUAACGUUGUGAGGUCUAUUAGCUCCAAGAAUAAUUUUACCAGAUAGGGCGAAGGUUCGUUCAUGUAACUACACAUAUUACAAUAAUGAGGUCAAAAUUUCAAUUGUACCUAUUAUUCCACGGCGGUCUCGCUCUUCAAACCUGAACAGACACGACUGCUUCGCGGCGAAAAUAGAUUCUUAAAUAUUUAUAUAUUUUUAUAAAUCCAUCUUUCGAGGCAGAGAUGGGCAGGGAAACUUUUCUUACUCGUCCGGACUCACUAUACGCUCUACUACCCGCAUAAUUAUGCAAUUGAUCAUUUUACCGGUUUGAAUUUCAUUACACGAUAUUAUUUCUUCACCGUAGAAGACAUUCGUGAACAUUCAUGUAUCCCAUUAGAAAAAUUUGAAUUUUAACACCGGCAUAGCAGCAUCGCUCGAUACGAUCACACCGAGAAUCUUUAUCUUCUAGGCUACGAAGAUUGAAAGUACUUUGGGAGCACAUUUUCUGCUAUACCCAACGAGCUGCCUGAAUCUUUAUGGAUAGUUCGCCUUCUUCUAACGCGAACGGCAUAGAUAUAUAGACAAGUUUUUCUUAAAGAUAUGGUAUAAUGUGCGACUGGUUUUAAUAUUGUCGGGAUAUCUUACAUUAAUUAGUAAUAAAUUAAAACUUUAAUAUCACAAGCAUCAUAGAAUUUAAAUGUAAAAUCUAUAUUAUACAGCCGCGACUUAGAAUUGAAAACAAACAUAUUAAUUGAUUCAAAACGACAGUGUUCUAAUCUGUAUUAGAAAUUUCCAAGAAAAUUUUGUCUUACGUUUCUAAUAAAAGUGUAAAAAAUUUAAGUCCUUAACUUGUUGUUUCGGGUUAAAACAAAUCCUCCUUUGUGACAUAAUAAUGUAGAUAAUUAUUAUAUUUCGAGGGGUGAAAGCCUUAUUUUGUUUAAGCGCUAUUUCGCUCAAUACACAUUUAUCUUUGUGUGACUAAAGGUCAGUUUUAUUUGGUAUUAGCACCAACAGUUUAAUGUUUUUAAUUGAACUUCAGUUAAGUUUACCCCAUUCAAAUAGCUGAAGAAGUUUUUCGUUAGGAUAUUUUUACUAAAUUUUAAACUUUAAAUGACUCUCCUGUAAAGUUGCAAAAAUUUCGCUUAAGCCGAAUAGCCUUUGAACACUCCUCGAUUUAAUUUUUAUUUAUGUUUCCCUGAAUUAUUUACUUUUCGGAGGUAUUGCAUUUACCAUGUCUGAAUUUAAUAUAUUGUUUAUUUACUUUCUCUUGACAAUAAAUCUUCUUUGAGAACUGCUCUGUAGGUUUCCAAAAUGCAAUUUAUUAUCGACUUUAUAGUCGUUGGUAAAGUUCAUAAUAUUGUGUAUUGAAAUGGUUCGAGUCAAAUCGGAUUUGAGUUUGGUUUGAACGUAGUACAUGUAACUUAAUGUUAUAAAUGGCAAGCCAACAGUGACUCUAUGACUAUGUGUUAAUAAAUUUAGUCUUAAGAAAAUGCGGGAAUUUUAUAUAAUAUUAUAUGAUUGGCAUCAACUUAUAAUUUAAGUAUCGUAAUUUGUAACUGUAUAGAAUAAUUAAAUAAUAAUCGCGACUCUUCCUACAAAUGUUAGUCGAGUCUAAGGAGAAAAUAAUUUUAGUGCCACAGGCACGCUUGUGAUUUUCAAGUUUCUGUUUGUCUAGUGUUUAGUCUAACUACAAUUAACUUAAUAUUAUAAAUUAUUCUAUUUUUAAGUAAUCGAUGCUAUGUAUAUUAAAUUUUAGAUAUUUAUUUAUUUUUUCAUCAUAUUGUAAUGGUGUGGUAAAUAGCGCCAUCUAGUAUCCUACGUGAGAAUCAUUUUACUUCUUAUUUCACUGAAAUUUCCGUCCCGCAUCUUAUUGUAAUCUAUACGCUGUAAAUGAGUAGGAUAGUCGAGUUUUUAAAAGCUACAAUUCUUUUGAGAUAGCUUUCAAUGAUUGCAAUAAUGUUAAAAUCUACUGACUUUAGUUUUUUCACGUUUUUCACCGUUUACAGACAAGUUUCGUUAUUUUCAAUUUUUAUAUGACGAAUAAUAAUCACAAAUUGACUAACUUUCUCUAUUUAAUGGAAAUAGUUGAAGUUUUAUAGUAAUAGUUUCUAAAAAUAUUGGCGUUGUGAAACGUAGUCCUUUAAUUCAUAUAUUUGCCAUCUAAAUUCUAGUUUAUUACGGUCAACGUAAUACUGUAUAGAUCUCAUACAUCAUUUUAUUAAAUAUAUGAAAACACAUCAAGAAAAUAUUUGCUCCUUUCAUAAAUUUAAGUAUUGUGUGUAGUAGUUCUAUAAUUACCUAUAUUGUUAAGUUGUAAUUUUGAAUUCACGUAUGUUUGUUUGUUUGCUGGCCAUAUUAUUACUGUGAUUCUGAUAUGUUGAUUGAUAUCCCGGGUGCCAAGGAAUCAUUCUCGAAUAUAGAGUGAUGCAAUUUGUUCCUAUCACAAUAAUAUUCAAAGUCGAAAUAAAUAAAUGUAUCGUAAUGUUACACAACCAAAAUUGAGGAAGAGGUGCGCGGUACGCCUGCUUUGAUAUUACUGAAAUUUCGAUUUUGAUAAAACACAGCAGGUUCAGUAUAUUGUUUUUCAUUUACGCAUUGACAUUGUUAUUGCUUCGGAGAUGGCUAGCUGACACCGUCAAAUCAAACAAAAACUGCAACCAUAAUUCAGACAGCUAAAAUAAAAUUAAAAAUAUUAAAAAUUAUCAGAGCGCUAAGAUAAAUAAAUCACCUAUUUAACAUUGACCCUGCUUGCCUGUAUGAUACCGAUUUGUUAACGUAACAGCGACGAAAGAAAGAAUGUCAUAAAACGUAUUAUGUAUCUAACAGGGUUUUAUAAUGUAUGUAAACAUAUAAAAUUGUAAAUACACAUGAUUAAAUUUAUUGUUGAAUAAAAAA